AUGAAUUGCCUCGCUUGGGAUCGCGUCUCUGGUGGUGGGAGCCGGGAGCUGGAUCUGGGCUCCUUGCCCUUCCAGUGCAUGGACAGCAACUUCAUCCUGGCCAACGCGCAGGUCCGCCGCGGCUUCCCCAUCGUCUACUGCUCUGACGGCUUCUGCGACCUCACCGGCUUCGCCCGCACCGAGGUCAUGCAGAAGAACUGCAGCUGCCGCUUCCUCUAUGGGGCCGAGACCAGCGAGCCCGUCCUGCAGCGCAUCGAGAAGGUGCUGGACGGCAGGCAGGAGUACCAGACCGAGGUCUGCUUCUACAAGAAGGGUGGAGCUGCCUUCUGGUGUCUGCUGGACAUUAUGCCCAUCAAGAACGAGAAGGGGGAGGUGGUGCUCUUCCUCUUCUCCUUCAAGGACAUCACAGAGAGCCGGGGCAGGAGCCAUCCGAGUGACAAGAAGGAGGAGAAGCAGAGGAGCAAGAAGCCCGGGAGCUCACACCUGCGGGCAGCGCGGAGGCAGGGCCGGACAGUGCUGCACCGGCUUAGCAACCAGUUUGCCCGGAGGGACCGUGGCGAGAUGAAAAUCAACCGCAACGUGUUUGAGAACAAGCCGUCCAUUCCCGAGUACAAAGUGGCCUCGGUGCAGAAGUCCCGCUUCAUCCUGCUCCACUACAGCAUCUUCAAGGCCCUCUGGGACUGGCUGAUCCUGCUGGCCACCUUCUAUGUGGCUGUCACUGUCCCCUACAACGUCUGCUUCACGGGCACGGAGGACAGCCUCUCGGCCGCCCGCAGCACCAUCGUCAGUGACAUUGCCGUGGAGAUGCUCUUCAUCCUGGACAUCAUCCUGAAUUUCCGGACGACAUACGUGAGCCAGUCGGGCCAGGUGGUGUACGACCCCCGCUCCAUCUGCAUCCAUUACGUGGCCACCUGGUUCUUCGUGGAUCUGAUCGCCGCUCUGCCCUUCGAUCUGCUCUACGUCUUCAACGUGACCGUGACCUCGCUGGUUCACCUGCUGAAGACAGUGCGGCUGCUGCGGCUGCUGCGGCUGCUGCAGAAGCUGGACCGCUACUCGCAGUACAGCGCCAUGGUGCUCACCCUGCUCAUGUCCAUGUUCGCGCUGCUGGCCCACUGGAUGGCAUGCAUCUGGUACGUCAUCGGCCGCAAGGAGAUGGAGAGCAACGACCCCCAGACCUGGGACAUCGGCUGGCUGCACGAGCUGGGCAAGAGGCUGGAGGCUCCCUACAUCAACAACUCAGUGGGGGGCCCCUCCAUCCGCAGCGCCUACAUCGCCUCCCUCUACUUCACCCUCAGCAGCCUGACCAGCGUGGGCUUCGGCAACGUCUGCGCCAACACCGACGCCGAGAAGAUCUUCUCCAUCUGCACCAUGCUCAUUGGGGCACUGAUGCACGCCGUCGUCUUCGGCAACGUCACGGCCAUCAUCCAGCGCAUGUACUCCCGCCGCUCACUCUACCACACUCGCAUGAAGGACCUCAAGGACUUCAUCCGUGUCCACCGCCUGCCCCAGCAGCUCAAGCAGAGGCUGCUGGAGUACUUCCAGACCACCUGGUCGGUGAACAACGGCAUCGAUGCUAACGAGCUGCUGCAUGACUUCCCCGAUGAGCUGCGGGCGGACGUGGCCAUGCACCUCAACAAGGACAUCUUGCAGCUGCCCGUCUUCGAGACGGCCAGCCGGGGCUGCCUCCGCUCCCUCUCGCUCCACAUCAAGACCUCGUUCUGCGCCCCGGGGGAGUACCUGCUGCGCCAGGGCGAUGCGCUGCAGGCCAACUACUUCGUCUGCUCCGGCUCCCUCGAGGUGCUGAAGGACAACGUGGUCCUGGCCAUCCUGGGCAAAGGGGAUUUGAUCGGAGCCGACCUGUGCAGCACGGACCAGGUGGUCAAGACCAACGCGGAUGUGAAGGCGCUGACCUACUGCGACCUGCAGUACAUCGGGCUGCGGGGGCUCUGCGAGGUGCUGCAGCUCUACCCCGAGUACGCCAGCAAGUUCACGGUGGACAUCCACCAGGACCUGACCUUCAACCUGCGGGAGGGCAGCGAGAUGGAGGGGCUCUGCCGCUACUCCCGGUCCCCACGGCUGUCGCAGCCUCGUCCGGAAAGCGGUGCCGCCCCAGAGAAGCCCCUUCCCUCCAUCGUGGAGGAUGAGGAGGAGUCCGACGAGGUCUUCCAAAACUCGCCCGCCACCAUCACCCGCCGCAAGCUGCUGCUGCCCCAGCUGAGCAGCCCGGCGCGCCAUGGCUCCCUGAGCAGCCUCCUGGGCGAUGAGCUGUGCCAGAUCUCAGCCCUGAGGCGCAACUGCCGCUCCCCUGCCCGCUGCAGCCGGGGCCGCAGCCCCUCUCCGCAGUGCCGGAGGGACCCCCGGCUCCCAGAGCAGGAGGGCGGUGUGGGCAGGAGGCCAGCCAAGCUCCUCAUCCCCUCCCUGAAUGCCUAUGGCCCCCCGGACCUCAGCCCCAGAGUGGUGGAUGGGAUUGAAGACAAUGGUGGGACCUCAGAGCCACAAACCUUCUGCUUCAACGUGGACCCCCCGCUGCAGAGCGCGGCCAGGGACUCCCCCACGUCAGGGACCGAUGUGGGUGGGCCGGCCCUGGCGAUGGAAGCAGAGGAGAUAAAGCAGAAUAUCAGGAGGCUCAACCAGGAGAUCAACCACCUCAACCAGGAGGUUUCCCACCUCAGCCGGGAGCUGCAGCGCAUGAUGGAGUUGCUCCAGGGCCGCCUGGGCGGCCCGCAGCCCCCCGUCCUACACUUGCUGCUAGUCCUGCUCAUGGAAGUUGCUUGUGAAUCUGGGUCCUAA